CUAGCAUGUCACUUCUUCUUUUUUAUUAUACCUAGAUUAAAACCCGUAAACAUUAACGACUAAUUGCUUCUAGACACAGCAUUCCAUUUCGUGAAAAAUUCUUUAAAUUCCUUUACAACCAUUUGAACCAUUUACAGAAAUAGUUUGAAUUCUUCAGAGAUCCAUAUGUUUUGCUUAACCUUGAUAUUACCUUGUAAAGGCGGGCCCUUUGGUUCUUUAUCUUUUAAGAUGGCCUCAAGAGUUUAGUGGAUAGUAUUCAUAGAGAAUGAUUCAGUUGAAAUUAUCCGAUAGCGACAUAUGUGAAAGACGAAAGGCACAGUUAAAGGAAUGGUGUGGUUCAGAGACUGAUCAUGCGUCGUCAAAAAUGAGGGAGCCGGAGAAAAUCAAGUUUCCAUUAUCGGUUCAGCUACUUGCCGCAUGUAGUAACAGUGAUUUGGACGAAUUUUCCCGUUUACUUAAGCUUGGAACGGACAUUAACACGCAAAAUGCUGAUGGAUUAACCAGCACACACUUAGCUUGUAUCAAUGUCGACUUUGAUUUUUUAAAGUUUCUUAUCAGAAAUGGUGCGGAUAUCAAUCUACAGGAUCACGAAGGUUGGACUCCUUUGCAUGCCGCAGCUUCUGUGGGUUGCUGUGAACUAGCCAGAUUUUUAAUUGAAAAUGGUGCAAGUCUCUCCAUUUUAAGUGUAGAUUUAGAAUUACCAAUUGAUGUAGCACAAGAUGAAGAAAUGAUUAAUCUACUUACAGAUUCAAUGAAAAAGCAAAAUAUCGACGGUGAUGCUAUUAAACAUUCAGAAGAACAAAUGCUUUUACAUGAUGCACAACAUUGGUUAUCCAGUGGUCAAUAUAAACCAGUUAUUGAUCCUAGAACUGGUGCCACUCCCUUACAUGUCGCAGCUUGUAAAGAUUAUACUAAAGCAAUGGAAAUUCUUUUACAAAUUCCCGGUUUAGAUAUAAAUGCUAAAGAUUUCGAUGGAUGGACUGCAUUACAUGCAGCAGCACAUUGGAAUCGUGAAACAUCUGCUCGAAUGUUAGCUAACGCUGGUGCUAGUUUUGAUGAGCAUACACGUGCCAGUCAAUCUGUAUUCGAUGUAGCUGAUAAAGAAAUGAUUGUGUUGCUUAGACAACUUCGUGAAAGACAAAGAGCUGAAAGAUUAUCCAAUGCAUCUAAACUACCAGAAUCAUCGAAAAUAACAGAAGCAGUUAAACGAAGUCAUCCGGUUGAAUUAGAGACUGAGGAAAAUUUUAACACAGAUAAUGAUGAAGACGAUGAUGAUAAUUCUCUUAUUGAAAUUGAUCAAUCUAAUUGUGUAAAUAAAAAGCCAACUAUUGAACAAGAUAUUUACUCAUCGUUAAAUGAUACUCCAUCAUUUUUGACAAAUGGAAAAUUAAUCAAGAAAACUGUUAGCAAUGAAGAUAUGGUAUUGAAUACUACUACUAACACUACCGCUUCUCCAUCUACGUUAUUAUCUGUACAAGGACAAACGGAGAUAUUGCAAUCCGCCACUAUUACUACUAAUUUUAAUCAAUCAACUGAUCAACAAUCAUUUAUAACAUCCUCUGUCCACGAGGAACGAACUUUACCGUCAUCAGACAGUGGAGAUUUUCUAUCGAUCGAUACUAAUAAACCAUUGGAAAAACCUGGGAAAUCAUUAUCACCAGAGAAAUCUCCUGUCGUGGUUGCUUCGACAACAUCUAUAUCAUCGGAUGUGAAUAAUGACUAUCCAUCUUUUACCAGUGGUAAUAAUAAUCGAAUGGAAAAAGAAGUGUCAGAUAAUAUUAUGAAGACGACUAUCCCUGUUUCUUCAUACUCAUCAUCAUCAGCAACAUCCGUACAGCCAGGUAGUACACUUCGUCAUUCAUCACGAUCUCCUCCUUUAACUAUAGCUACUAAUAGUGUAUCCCGUCCUAUUUCAUCAUCUACAUCACAUUUAGUUCCCAAAUUGGUAGAAUCAGAGAAUACAACAGAUAAAAUAUGUGAGAGUGAUGAUUUACGCGAAAGUACAACGAAUAAACAUAAAACCGGUAUUGUAAGUAUUAUAUCAACUCCACAAAAUAAACAUCCUGCUGAUGAGAAAUCACAAACUAGUGUACAUAAUAUUACUACUAAUAAAGAAUUAUCAACCUCCUCAACUGUGACAACAACAAUGGCUGCUACAUCUACUAUUCCAUCAGGAACAGGACGAUCAAUUACGAAAAUAAUCGCUGUCAAACCUAGGCGAAGUGAUCCACAAAAAAUGAAUGUUGAUGAAAAGGAAAGUGUUGUAUCCGUGAAUAAUACACAAAGUAAAUUAUCCAGUCCUGUUCCUGAGCUUACAACUAAUCGACGAAUAUCUGUUGUAAUGGCGCCAACAAAGUCCGGUGAAACAGAGACACAACGUAGUGUUAAAGCUCGUUAUGUCCGAUCUACUCGACGAUCCACUCAAGGUGUUUCAUCAGAAGAUGUAGAACAGGCUAAAAAGUUAGCUGAUAAAAAUAUCAACGGUGGUACUGUUGCUUCGGAUAAUUCCCAACCAAUGAAUUCUAUUCCCACUGUUGAUACAUCGUCGUCAUCAGAUAGAACAACAUCAACUGAUACAUCGGGAGUUCCAAAUAAUAAAUCUAUAAAGUUAAGUCAUACUUCUUCAGCUUGUAAUAGAAUAUAUUCAGAAAAUCCUACAAAUCUUUUUCGUCGACUCACCGAUACUGAAUUAUUGAGAUCUCGACCUAAUUCUGAAACUGUAGCAGGUAGUGGCGAUACGUUUACUGGCAGAUCAUCUGCACGUACUGAUUAUUCAACUAAUGAACGAGAAACUAAUGAUACUCGAUCUUCAAAUCAUCCUUCUGCUUCAACUGGUCGUCAUGUUAACUUCUCAGGUGAAACAAACAUGAAUUCUUCUACAUAUGAUGGUAAUGCACGACGGUCAGCUUAUAUUUCACAAGUACGAUCUGUAGAGCAUAGUCCUACGUCAGAGAAUAAAACUGAUUAUACAACAUCAGGAGGAGUUCGUGAACGUCGUCAUAUUCGUGAACGUAAUCCACCUGAACGAGUACUAUCCAGUAAAUCAUUUUCUGCUGUAUCAGAUAUUUUUGAACGUCGUAUGUCAGAUCAGAAUUCAUCGUAUACUACUAAUAAUUCUGGACGAUCAGAAUAUUCACCAUCUUCUUAUACAAAUACAAAUAAAUUCUUUAAUACUACUAGUGGUACCAAUGCUACCAGUUUUCAAAAUGAAAAUGAUGUUAAAGGGAUUAUUCAAAGGCCUACAAGUCGAUUCCUUCAUCAGUCAACACAAUUAGUUAAUACAAGUAGUAAUUCAAGCUCCACACCUAUAUAUUCAUGGAAUCCUUCACAAAUCACAUCAAAUAGCAGUAAUGUUACCACUGGUAUUUUGAAUAGUGCUCGUGGUGUUCCACAUAAUAAUCAUAACAGUAAUAAUAACACUACUAAUAGUACAGAUUAUUCUUCAUCAACUCCUACUCCCCGUGAUCACGUUUCACAGUGGCAAGAUUCCAAAGAUUAUAAACGAUUAUAUGAACGAGAGAAAGAGGAAAGAGAACGACUUCAACGUGAAUUAGAUAGAUGUAAUCGUCAAAUAAGUCAAUUACGUCAGGAACAACAAUUGAGAACUUCAAAUGAUCAUAGUUAUUCAAAUACAUCAGAUACAAUGAAUAUUCACAAUUAUACUAGUAGUAAUAAUUGUAAUAAUUCACAAAUACCGGACACUCUCCAGAGUCGACUAUACUCAUAUGAAGACAAAAUGAAAGAAAUUGUUCGUUUACGUGAAGAAAUUUCCAAGAUGAAAGAAGAGAAUGGCGCAUUAAUUCGUGUAAUCAGUAAACUUUCAAAACCGAUAUAAUCAAUAAGAUUUUGUUGUCGUUGCUUAUCUCCUCUUUCCUAUUCUUUCAUUUAAUUUCUGGUUUGAUUCAAUGUUUAUGCAUAAUUGUGUGAAUCUCUUUAUUGGUUUGUUAGAUUGCCUUUUCAUUCAUUUCAUCUACAUUACUGUUGUUGUUUUUUUCUUGUUAACAGAAAUUUAUCCAUUUUUUUUCUUCUUUAUUUUAUUUAAAUGAAUGAGAUUAGCAUUGUGUGUAUAUGUUGGAUGGGAGUAAAAGUGUUCCAAUUAUAGUCAACAAAUGUUUACACACAUUCAUGUAACUGUUCAUACAAUUCAUUUCAUACAUGAUAGAAUAUUUAAUCAUAGACUUACAGGAAUGAAUGAUUAUUCAAGUCUAGAAAUAUCUGUGGUCAUAUAUAUAUAUAUAUAUAUAUAUAUAUAUAUAUAUGCUUAUAUUCAUGUCAAGUUUUCAAUACGAACUAUACCAUGAACAUUCAAUGGGGGGGGUAGUUACUUUUAAUGGCCGAUUCAACACUUUUUUAAUUAUACAUAUACACAUACACGUAUAUAUCAUCUAGUUCCUCUUAUUUGUCAUUGUGGGAAUAGCACGACCACAACUGCUACUACCAGUGGGAAUUUCUGGAGGUGAUAAUAUAUGUUGUUCAAUGAAAUGUUUAGAAUUUCAUGGUUAUAAACUAUCUGUUAAGUGUGUGUAACUAUGCGAAUUAUGGAAUACGUGCACACUUCUAGCAAUAUAUUAUUCAUAUAUCAUUAUUACUUUGUCUAUAUUUCUUAAUCUAUGCGCCAAUCUUUCAAACGUUUCUUUAUGUUCAUAUCAUUGUUGUAAUAUAGAAGUAGAAACGAAAAUCAAAGAAUUGGUGUCAUUAUUUAUGAUGAUGAUGUUGACAAUGACUGAUAAAACUUAUUUUUAUAUUUCAAAAAAGAAAAAAACAAAACAACUGAACUGAUAUAUAAGAAGGACACAUAUUCAUGUAUGUUUAUUUAUGUUAGAUCAUCAACUAUCCAUCCAUUUGUAUAUCAUGGAGCGAUCGAUGUUAUAGAAUAAAACUUACUAUUACUACUAGUAGUAGUAGUAUUGUUGCAUGGGUUUUAUUCAGAAAAGAGGGAACAGAUUGCUAGAGAUUACAUUGUUCACUUUUUCUUGUAUUUCUAAUGUAGAUUAGAUCUUGCCUACAAUUAUUGUCACAUUGUUUGUGUAUUUCCUUGUUGUUAUUUAAUUCAAUUUAUGUGCGUUCAACUACCUAAUAAAUAAAUGAACUAAUUGAUUACUAGCUAACUAUAACUAGUCUCUGUUCAAUUUAUGUGUUCAAUAUUCUAUUUUUAUUCAUCUAUUUGUAAUAUUCAAUGAUUUUGAACACAUACUUUUCACCACCCGCCCCCCUUCCCCCCAUCUAUCUCUCGGUAUAUAUAUAUGUAUGUGUACGUGUUUAUUUAUCUUUAAAAGAAAGAAAGAUUAACUAUUAUGACUCGUAUUUAAUUUGUAUUUAUUGACAACAACCCCCCUAUGUGUCUUUAUAACAACAUACAUACAUACAUACACCAAUAAAGUGCCUAUGUCAAACUCCACUUGUCAGUAACAAUAAUUGAUACUGUGAACAAAAAGGAUUAAGUAUAUUCUCUAUUCAUUUCAUAUUUGAUUCGUUCUUUUUUGUUACAUUGAUACUGUAUUAUUUAUUUGCAUAUUAUUAUUAUCAUUAUUACUACUACUACUACUACUACUACAAUUUGUCCGUUAGUCAUUUAGUGUUUAUUUGCUUUCGAAAAGAAAGCAUUUGUGGAAUGUGACAAUUUACUACUUAUUUAUUACAAUGUUAGUAUUAUGACUAUUAUUUAUGAUUGUUUACCCUAUUUUUACAGUUGUGUACAUAAUAACCAUUUUCUUUUGUUUUUAUCUUUUCCUGUUGAGUAUAAAAACAGAGAGUGAGAGAGAGAGAGAAUAGUACACAGCUAGACAGUAACAGAGAGAAAAAAAUUUGCAUGCAUAUGUGACAACGAUUAUUUGUGUUAUUUAAGAACAAUGUGUGGCUUAUUAAAAGUAUUUUGUGUAUAUUCUAGUCCACCAUCAUAUACACAUCACUUUACAUAUGUACAUAUAUAAAUUUAACGUACAUACACACAUAAAUAUUGAGUUCUGAUCUAUUGACCCUUUUGUUUUGUAUUAAAUGUAUUUGUGUAUUAAGUGACAAGGUAACUUAGGGACUAAACUACGUAUACCAGUUGAAUUAAUUCAAUAGACCAAUAAUCAAUGACUUCAUUGACAUGUAUCACAUUUUAAUAUUUUCACAGAUUGAAAUCAUGAGUCAGUUGAAGCUAGACCACCAUUGAAAACCUGGAAACACUGGACGGCCGUUUCGUCCUAGUACGGGACUCCUCAGCAGUGCGCAUCCACGACCCUGCACCCCACGGGACUCGAACCCAGGACCUACCUACGCGCGCGAGCACUUAACCAUUAGAACACUGAGCCGGCAUCCAACGGUGUUAAUGUCUAACUUCAACCAAUCCAUGAAGUUGCGCCACUAUAUACCAUUGUCUUCAGUGAGCUGAUAUCUCACAACAGACCUGGUUGAACUACACUGGUAACGGCUUCCCACUAGAACUCGAGGAGUAUCUCUUGAAGUCAGUCACUAGUGAGCAGAUGAUUAUUAUCAGAAAGGGUUUGUGAAGAUUUUAGAAAUUUUCACAGAUUGAAAUCAUUUCUAGCUUUCGUUUUAAUCUAGUAUUAUCCCAGCAAACAUCCUGUAUCUUGAUAAAUGACUGUUGGGCAUACGUAAUGUCUCAACUAACAAGCUCAUUAACUGAUUUACUAGCUUUGCUUAGUGGCCUGCCUCUAAACUUAACAUUGCUCGCUUAACUGUCCUAACAAACCUGGAAAUAACUAAUCGAAUACUACGAACUCGCAAAUGCUCCUUACUUUUAAAUGCCACUAAAUAAGAGCGGACUGCGGUGCCAUAUACUAGCCUGAUCGUUGAGACAAACGUUUAGCUUACGACGUGUGUUAGGAAAAGGUAAAGUGAGCCUUUUAAAUCCAUGCCGAGUUUCCGUUAGUCACCAACUUAUCGGGGUUGAUGAAACUUACCAGGUAAGUGAAGUGGUAUGUGUUCAACUACUUCAAUUCCUACCGCUAGUUCUGGCGCUGACAGAGACUAGUGCUGAAGCAGUAUUUCGCAUUUAGAGAAAGACGCAUCCCAGACGUGUGUUGUGGAGCUGUUAUCUUAAUUAUAUAGUUCGUAGACAAAUCAACCUAGUCACCGUUACUGCAA